CCUCUCUCGCUCCGCCUUCCAAUUAGGUUACGGCACGACAGCGUCAACUCCACUCAAGUUUUUGUUUUUAAUUCUGAGCAGAAAAUAUCAGGUCAUAAAUAAAUAAAUAAAAUAAGAAGAAAGAAAGAAAGAAACAAACAUUUUUUUUAAAGAUAUGAACGAUUUAAAGAGGCAAAGUUGAUCAUAUUCACAUGGUUACUUAUUUAAAAUUUUAGAUCUGAAUAGUAUAGGUUUCCGCUCCAUUGGUGUACGUACUUUGCGACAGACAGCGGGCGCUUUACGGCAAAGGCUACACACACCCAAUCUGGUUACAUUGUAGUAUUUUGAAAAUACAAUUUUCAAACGUUUAUGUUAACAAAUAACUACGCCGAAGUCCCCAUGACACUACCUCUUUUGUACAACACGAACAGUCGUCAUACAUGAGGACAAUCCUCGUGCGACGCCGGAGAAUUACCCCAAAGCUAACGCAAGUUAGCACUGACGCCAUCAGAGCGCUGCCCCUUAACCCGGAAAUAAAACUACGUUUUGUUUGUUAUCUUGGCGUAGAGUUUGUUUACUCUCGUCAACAUUAACACACAAUGGAGGAAAUAUACGUCAAACCAGGUAACCAGGAACGAGGAUGGAACGACCCCCCACAGUUCUCCUAUGGCCUCCAGACGGCCGGCACGCCACAGAGGAACCUCAUGAACAAGAGGCCUGUGAUGCCUGACGCUGCGGCCCCGCCCAAGACUCCACAUUCCAGCCCCUCCGGUCCACUGCCAUGUGGUGUGGCCCCGCCUCCCGCAGGGGGUGCGCCCGAAUGGAAGGCCACGCCUCCCGCACCCACCGCGGGGCCAAAGAGGAUUCAGGGUGAUGAGGACUGCGGCCAGUCGGAGGCAGAGCCUGGCGCGGAGGGUGUGGCGGAGGUUCUGCAGCGAGCGCUGGCCACAUGCAGGCGGGACGUCGCGCCCCAAGUGUGUAACGAUAUGGAAAAGAGACUCCGCCUCUUUAAGGACAGCUGGACAUCGGGACGACUAAGUCUCCCUGUGAGGAGACGCAUGAGCGCCUUGUCGCGAGAAGUGGAGGCGGGACGCUGGGACCAGGCCGACGAGAUCCAUCGCUCCCUGAUGGUGGAUCACGUGACGGAGGUCAGCCAAUGGAUGGUCGGCGUCAAGCGACUGAUCGCCGAGACCCGAAAGCUCCACCCAGAAGUGUCGGACCACGGCGACACCUGUCAGUCGUGACCUUUGAACCUUUCAAAGCAGGUGGCGGCGGCGGGAGGUCAAAGGUAAUGAGGAGGGAGGGAGAAUGUUGUUGCCAUAGCAACCAUCCAGUAGCUGCCGUUCUCCUUGUGCUGACUGACCAAUCAGAGUGCUUCAACACCAAGGAAGUAAAAUGUUGUUUGUUUUUUUUCCUUUCUGGACGUUUGACUUGAGGAUAAUAAAAAUAUACAUGAUGACGUCA